UUACAGCAAAUGUAGCCGUCUCCGCGUUGUAGAUCUUGGCGCAGUAAUUUUGAGCGCAGAUCUGAGCCCAUUAUUGGAAAAAGUUGCACCCCAGCUGGAGGAAUUUUCUUUGGAGGAGACGAGUUGGAUAAACAUUGAAUACGCAGAAAAGGUACAAAACUACUUCAAAGACAUGAAGAGGUUACGGAAGUUAAAUUUGCGAUCUGCCAUGUUUCAACUGACUAAGCUUGCAGAUUUACCCUCAACGUUGAAAUACAUCGAAAUCAGUGGAGCUCACGCCUUCCCUCCAGAAGUUCUAAUCAAAUUCCUGGCAGAUCGCACUGAGUUGGAAGAAUUUCACGCUUCACCAGUUCCUAUGCUGGAUGAUGACAUUAUUGUUGCUAUUGGAUCACUGCCAAACCUGCGACAUCUUUCUCUAGGACACAGUCCAAACAAUGAUUUGAAUUUCGAAUGCUUAGCGUUUUUGACGAAACUGGAGACAAUUCGUUUUAACGAUCUACUCGGUUUAACUGAGGCGUCUCUUCAUGCAAUUCUUUCACGGGUCGAAAAUUUACAAGAGAUCUCCUUAAUCAAAUGCAAAAAUGUACUCGGCUUUACCGCACUUGGCUGUUGUAAUCAACUGCGCUCAUUAGAAGUUCGUAACACAAUGAACCUCGCCAACGAGGAUCUUGUCACUCUCUGCUCAUAUGGUAAUCUGAAACGUCUCACAAUCGCAAACUGCUUCAAUAUAUCCACCAGAGGAGUGAACACCGCUCUUAUGCGUUGUCAGCUAAAGGAGGUAGGUUUUUUUCGUAAGCUCAUAGGUCGGAAAUUCGAGAUUGAGCAACUGACGCGUGGUAAAGGGGAAAAGAAGUAA